AUGGGGGAAAGUCAGGCCGAGGCCGAGCUGAAGGAGUUCAGUCCAUACUACAGGAAGCAGUUCUCGUUGGCUCGAUUCUCUCAGGUGGAAGAUGAUCUGGAGCAGCAGAAAGAGAAGAUCACACAGCUGCUCAAACACAGGGACGUCCCUGAGGCGGGCGCUGUGCUGUAUGAAGAACUCAUCCUUUUCUUUGACGAAACCAGAAAGUGGAAGGAGAGGUACGUUGUGGUGAGAGCCAACUACUGCCUGGAAUGUCACGACAGCCUGGAGAAUUUUGUCAAAGGUGUUCCUCCGCGGCAGACGCUGCUGCCUACAGGGGGCACUGUUCUGACCACAGAGGAGAAGUACAUGGCCAUGGUGGACAAGUGCUUUCCUGAUGACACCAAUGUGAAGGAGGACUUCGCUCCUCCUCUGACGGGGAUGCCGGGUCAGUUUCCGGUCUACCUGCGUCUGCCCUACAGGAGAGACUCGUACUUCUGCUUCAGGCAGCAGGCCAAACAGGCGACCUUCCUCGCUAUCCUGUCCGACUGCAUCAGACACCAGAACCAAGACUUCCUGAAGAAGAAGACGUGUGAGGUGCAGGCGUUCCUCAAAGCCAUCCAGCAUUACAGGCAGGACAAAGGACGAUUCGAGGCCUGGGACAUGCUGAUAGGAAGUGAUGUCAGGGUGAUGGCCAACUUGGUGAUGGAGAAGCUGCUGCCGUCUCUUGAGAAAGACAUGCUGCCUCGACUCAAAGCCAAGAAGACAGAGAAGAAGAGAGUUUGGUUUGCUACGUUGGAAGCAGCCUACAUCUUGAUCCAGGAGCAUCUUCUCGAGGGACUUACUGCACUGAAGGAGGAGUGUCGAAAGUCGGUCCGGCAGCAGGAGGUCCUGAUCCACUCCGACAUGGACCAGAUCCUGGAGUCCAGGCGGCAGCUGGAGGAAAAAGUCCGAGCCAAAGUAUCAGAGCCAGCAGAGAAACUGAGCUUGGAGUCAGUGCAGCCAUACCUGGGCUCUGUCCUGGAGGAGCUGAUGGAGCCGAUCAGCUCCGGUUUCCAGGAGGGACGUCAACUGAGUGAGAACAUGAUGAACCAGGUGUGUCAGGAGGUGGAUGGAGACAGCGAGCAGCUGAAAAAGUCUCUGGCCGUCAUGGCGAGACCGAACCUGCUGAGCUGCUACCAGAAGAUCGGCUCCCUGCAGGAGAAACUGAAGCACCUGCAGGAGAGAUUUGGUUUCCAAAACAUCACCGGAGUGAUCCACAGCGCUCAGAUCGACCUGCAACAGCUAAUGGAGAAUGCAGCAUGUACAUUUGAGCAGCUGUUCCACAAAGCUGUCCAGGACAACCCCGACAACGCCGGCUCUGCCAUCGAAAAGGCCAAACACAGAGUGCUGAAGCAAUAUGAUUACGACAGCAGCACAGUGAGGAAGAGGAUCUCCAGAGAGGCUCUCGUCUCCAUCACUCUGCCCUUCCUCAAGAAGAACCUGGCCCCCAACUGCAAAGCUGAGCUUAAGGGUCUCGAACAGACCGUCUACAUGGACUUCUCCAACUUCAUCCAUGUAGAGAACGUGUACGAGGGCUUCCUCCUGCAGAUCCUGGACAAAGAGGUCACCAAAGUGGUGAAGGAGGCAGCCAGUCUAAAGAAGUACAACCUGUUCAAUGACAGCAGAGACCUGCUGAGUCAGUCGAGCCGCUCCAGCCUCUCCUCCCAGUCCACCUCCACUCCGGGCAGCCCUUCAAUGUCUCUCGCCUCCCCUGCUAAAACCUCCUCAGAGCCCCUGCCCCCAUCUCCUCUGGCCGUUAACGGAGUGUCCUCCAGCCCUGAGAAGGAGAAGGAGGAGCAGGAAGUGGAAGACGUGCUGCGACAGAACGAAGCCUCUUCUGCAGACGUGACGGUCAUUGAGACACCUUUGGGGAAGGUAGAACAGAAAGAAGAGGCUCCGAGUGUCCCUGUCAGCCAGGUAGAGGCUGUAGUAAUCGCACCUGAAGUAGACGAUGUCUUCAAAAAAGAAAAAGAGGAAGCAGACAUCCCAUCUUUACCAGACGCAAACAAGCAGAGUGAGACAAAUGAAGAAAACACAGCAGCAGCUCCAGAGACUGUCAUACAAGAGGUGAUUUCUGUCAUCGCAGAGAAUGCUGAGGUGGCUGCUGAGCCUCUAACACAGAGCACAGAUGCUCCAGCAGAAGCAGAAACUACUCUGUCAGAAAUCCCUGUGGUCAUAGAAAGUAUAAAAACAGAUGUAGAAGUAGCAGAAGCACAGGUAGAAGCUCCUGCAACAAGUCCCGAUCCUACGAAUGAACCAGCAAACACUCCAGAAGAAAGUUCUGGUACACACACUGCAACUGGUGAGGAGGAGAGUCAAUGUGCAAGCUCAGACAUCAAGUUAGAGGCUCCCUCUAGUGGUGAAACACCUGCAAUCACACCUAAAGACAUCAGCAAGGACCUGGAGAAACAGGAGGCAGAACCAGCUGCUGUGUCAGACCCAAAGUCUGUGGAAGUGUCUGUGGGAGCUGAGUCGUCUCCGUCAGAUAUGGAGUCGACAGAGGAGAUGAAAGUGACGCAGAGCAGCGAGGACGAAGUGUCGACAACGUCUGACAUCCUGGACGACGAGGCCAACCUGAGUAAAUCACCUGUGAGCUCAGACGAGCCCACUGAGGAGAAAUCCACAAGCGCUGAGCUAUCUCCUCAGGCGCAGACAGAAACUGUGAGCGUCAAUGUCGGUGGGGACAUCGAGGCAGGAGCGAGCGUUAGCGUGGAGCCAUCUGUGGAGGCUGAAGGUGUGAAAGAGGAGGCACCCUCCAGCCUUGACGCCCCGCCCCCAGACUCAAUCAAGGCGAUCCGGGACCUGGUUGUGGAGGUGAUCGAGGUAGAGGAGCUGUUGCAGCGUUACCCAAGUGGAGUGCCAAUGGAUGAAUGAAGACGAGGGACAAAAUAAUUCAGGAUGUUUUAUUGUUGAAGGGGACUAGAAUUUCUUUUUUAUCAGAAUCUGACAGUAGCUGUAAUUUCAGCCUCAAGUCAUCCUCCAGUUCAGGCGCAAACAUGAACCAAAAACUCCUGAGAGGCUUCCAUGAACUUUAAAACACAUAUGCAUGAAUUUGUGGUAAAAUAUUUAUAUUAAUUAUUGACAGAAUCAAUAUAUCAGCUGUGUCAGGUGCUUUAAAUCAACAGGUCGGUAUCAUCAGGAGCUUUUGAACACUAAAAUUAUUUUAAAUCCAAAUUGUUUUAGAAAAUCUAGAUUAGGACACUAUUUUAUUAAGACUUUAAAGAAGUGUCAUUAUUCUUUAGCAGAAUAUUAAAUAUACUAUUAUAGAAAAUUAUCCUUUUGGAGAUUAUUUCUGAGAGUGGGAUGUGAAGCUUGGAUCAGGGUGUGGUGAGACUGGCUCGGUAGAGGGAAGUCACUUGCCUGCUUCGUGAUUUUCUUAAUCUGCACACAAACAGAAUUUAAAAACAUUAAAUUAUACAGUUUAAAGGGAAUAAAUGAGUCAUAGCUUUGAACAUUGUUGUUUUUAUCACUCUCUCUUAUGGUUUAAGUGACUUAGGAGAGAUCAGCGGUUCAGAGAUGCUCUCCCCAGCUCUUCAAUCUGCCUGGAUUGAAGGGCAGGAUGUUGUGCUCCACUUUCCCCUAUCAGAUGGCAGUAGCUCUUUAGGCUGCUCUCACAUCUGUGCCUGCUAACUGUUAUUAUUUCCCCGAUCUCAAGACCAGCCUGAGACGACACUAAUGAAUACAUAUUCAACUAUAACCAGCAGGUUUGAUCUAUUAGAUUAUAAAUUGUUAGUCGUCUUUAACAGAGAAAACAAAUUGAUGCUGUCCUAAACUGAUCUGAGUGCAUCAUCUUUUAUAAACUUAAAGGUGCACUGUGCUGUAUGUAGCAGUAUUUGGCAGAACAGACUUAGUAGUGAGUGGCUGCACAAAAUGUUAGAAGAAGAAGAGAGUUAUUGUUGUGCAUAAAAUUUGCAUUGAUAGACGUUUUUAUUGGUGAAAAGUUGACAAUUAGAGCAUCAUAUUUAUCAGGCAUCACAGGAGGCCACCAUCGCCACACCUUUAAUAUCUGACAAAUUAAUCAUAACCUUAAGUCUGAUCUCCAAACUGUGAUUUUGAUAACCUGGGAAGUAGCCAAAAUAGUUAACACACUUUAUCUACUAGUUACAUUUAUCACUAGUUCAAUGUGUUUAACCUUUUCUAGUUGCAGCCCAUGACUCUCCCUGAAACCAUACCUCCUGUUUUCACAUCUUUGUUUGUGUGCAGAUGAAAAGAAUCAAACUGAAGAUGUUAAUAAGUUGGUUUAAGAGGCUCUGGAAGGUGUACUUCUUAUUGAGCCAUGCCAGCUGCUUCCUCCUGCUUCCAGUCUUAAAGCUAAGCUAAGCUAAGCUAACUGUGUCCUGACAGAGAUCGGAUCUUCACCCAUCAGAUCAUCAAAAGUGUGAUGAUGAAUUUAUCCUCCAUGCUAAAUCAUUCUUAUGAACAGGUGACGUGAGGUUGCCUCUUUGUUCGUGUCAGUUAUCAUAUUUGUAUUAUUGAUUGAUCAGUAAGCUCCUCCAGCAGAUGAUUAGAUAAAUCACAGCAUGCAUGACUAAAACUGAAGUUUGGAUAUAUUUCCUCUUGAAUGUGAUUUUUUUUGACCUACUGAAGGAUUUAUUUUUUGAACUGAAGACGUAGCUCAUCAUCGGAGUGCCUUUGAAGUACCUCCUUGUUCCCUCCUCGUGCCUUAGACGUCAUAGUGAUGAAAACAGACCUCUGUGAAGGUCGUCACACCCGCACUCCAGCAUCAAACGUGCCUUUCACCUGUGCAGAGCAUCUCAUUUAGACGUGGUUAGUAACACAGAUAUAUAUUUGACCAUAAACUGUCUAACAGCUGAUGGAAACAAAGUGUGGAAAAAUUAAAAAUAAAUAAGAGUCUAUAAACAAA